UUUCACGGAUUGCAGUAUCCAUCAACAGACAUCACAGAGACUGGUGAAGAAGUUAUGCGCCCCCAUAUUGUAGGUAUUCAAAGUCCAAACCAGCGCUCCCUUCUGGCUAAACACAAUCCAUGCAGGCCUGUGUUUGUCGAAGGCCCUUUCCCACUAUGGCUCAGAAAGACUUGUGUUCAUUAUUACCUACUCAGGGCAGACCCUAUACCGUCUGAGGAAAAGGUUGAGGAAGAAUUUGACCCUGAGAUGAUCGGUCCGGAGCAGAGUCUCUUCUACCCUCAGCGACUGGAACUCGACCUGGAAAGAGACAUGGGGGAUGAUUUCAGCUUCGAUGUGGAUGAUGUGGAAGAGGGGCUGGUUUACGCCAUGUGUAUGGCCGGUCAGGGAGACCAGGUCACUCUGUCUCAGUGGAUUUCGGGUCUACAGGAGACCUGUCCCAUAUUGGGCCAGAUUCCCACAGUGUUCCGACUGGAAUCUGGACCUAGAGAACUGCAAACCACAUCAGACGCUCAGCAAACCCCUGAGCAGGAGGUUGAAACAGAUCAAAUUAUCGAGGAGGAACCGCUACACUCACAAAGAGUAAAACAGUGAGAGUUUGCUGUUGUAAAAGCCAUGCCGAUGGAUGUGCAUUUUAUGAAGAUGGACUGUGGUAGUUAUACAUUAAUCUAGUAUGAUGAACCUUAUAUUUAAUUUAGUAACCAGAUACCAAUUUGAUGUCUUGUCAAUUACACACAGUUUUUGAAUUGAGAUCUGUCUACAUUAUGUAGAGUUGUUCUAUGAUAUGUAAACAUGCCAUAGACUGAUUUGGCAGUACAAUAAAACAUACAUUU